AUGGCAUACCAGUUCACAAAUCCCUACUACGACUGGGAACCACAUAGCGAAACACGGUUCGUUCCCCCAAUUGCAUCAACGCAAUGGGGUGCCCAACCCUCUCAGCCUUCAAUGUCGCCCGAGCAUCAUAUAGCAGUCGCUGCUGAGGGACAAUUCGAAGAGCAUCGUAUCUCGGAGAAUUUCAACCCGAUCAAUUCGAGCAAUGGGGAGCCUGGCAUGCCUCACCCUCAACACUGUACUCCAGGAACUGGCAUUGAACAUCGCAGAUCCAGCUCCACGCUAUGCAAUCUACCAGAAUGCGAACCUAGCACCCCAAGUAUCCAAGCCCAAGCAAACUAUAUGACACCCCAGGCAGACAUGGCUCCGAACUUUGAAUCUGGCUCAGAUUCUCCUCAAGUCCCCGCCGACGGUGGUAACAUCAAUAUUUGGUCUGGACUGGAGAUAUUUUAUCCGUUUCUGAUCGAAUCCGUGCUGUCUUUGCAAGGCUAUGUCAAUCCACACAGGGUUGUUCGUCUCGGCAAAGACAGUUUCGGAAAGUAUGGGACUGUUCGUAGACACUCCGCAAGCCCUGAAAUGAAAAUCAUACAAUUGAAGUUCACGUCGACUUGGGAAGAUGUUAAGGAAGCCCUUUCCGGCCUUCACAUUGAGAAAGACCGCGAAACCUUUUCACAAAGUGCUGAAAUUUACGCUCUCCGUCCAUUAGUACUCUGUGUGAUGUGGCAUGAUAUAGAGGGUAAAACCGGCCGCACUCAUCUGACAUGUGGGGAUGAUGUUGAGCUGCUCAAAACGCUGGAUCUGAUUAAAGCAAGAGGCUUCAAAGAUCACUUUCAAAUGAUCUUCAUACCAGGGUAA